GUCCGUUCGUUGGGUUCGUUCGCUCUCGCCCGUUCGGCUCCGGUCGUGGAAGUCGAUGCUAAGGUCGGAGUGUUGUCGCGCGAGAAGGGAGUGUCGGCCGCCUGUCUCGCCGCCCUCCCGGUCCUCCCAGUGAUCCCGAAUUUCCUCGCGCGAGCACAGGCGCUUUCCGCCCGAGAAUGACGCUCCCGGAUCCGGUCUCACCCGUCUGCUACGCCCGGCAUUGUUCGCGAGCGAGCGCGCUGGAUCCCUGAUCGGGAAAUCCGCGAGAAAGAGCCGGGGGUUGGAACUCGCCCUGAGCAGACCUCGCACCGUGCCCUCGCCGUGGGUGUUUGUGUGACGCGAGUGCGCCGGACGCAACGAGCGCACGGAGACUAUGGAUCGCCAACCGCGUUCGAACGACCGCGCGUGGAAUCGCUGAUGAGCGUCUCGUAGACCAGCACGCGCUACCAUUUAGUCUUUCGGUUGUUACGUUUCGUCGCGAGCGAGAAGAAUCCCCUGUCGUGGUCGUCAGCUGCCUUCAUUGAGCGACCGGCACGUAUAUCAGCACGCGUUCGAUUCAGCAAGAUCCUCGGUCGUCCGCGCGGAGAACGAGAGGGAUCCUUGAAACGAUGACGGCGAGACGCGUAAGCAGCCGGUAGCUCGUGCUUGGCAGGGAUGUCCUCGUGACAUGUUACCCCGUGACCUUGGCUGGCGCAACUACAACGUCCUCCGCGGAGAGGGUCGUCUUCUGGUGCGCGGAUCGAGCGGUAACACGAGCGGCCGAUUGGUGUCCUUCAAUCCGCGCGAGAUCGAGUACUGCCUACUGCCGCUGGUGCAGGUGAAGCCCGACUUUGUGAUUCCAUAUGUGCUUUGCUGGCGGGUACCAGGCGCGAUACACCGGAUCCAGAUUAAUCCAUCGAUCUUGCAUCAUCAUCACUAUCAGCAGCAGCAGCAACAACGGCAUCAACAGCAACGUCAUCGCUACCAGCAUCGCCAACAGUGUCGGCGACAUUUCGAGGCGAUAUCACGAGCGCGUCCUGCGCCACCGCCUUCGACGGAACACUAUCCUGCGUACGGCGCGCAGCGUGACAGCCUUGUGGAUUCUAGUAUGGAAACAAGAGUGGACCGUUUCGUAGCGAGCAAAAAUGAAGACACGAGGUAUAAAGCGAAUCGUUGCGUGAGCGGGGGUGGUAGCCGCGGAAACGGGGCGACUGGCGGUACCGGAGGCGGUUCGGGUACUGCGGGCGGUCGCAGCGGCGGGGGCGGUGGCAGCCCCGGUAGGGGUGGCGGAGGCGUCGGAGGAGGAGGAGGUGGCGGCGGGGGAGAGGGAAUAGACGGUGGCGUGGUGUCUACUGCACCACCUAGUACUGGUCAUCACCAUCAUCAUCACCAUCAUCAUCAUCAUCUCAGCACCACGACUACCACGACUACCACCACGAACAACACCACCACCACCUGCGGCACCAGACACCACAGGCACAAGUUGUCCGCCGGCAAGCAGUGCGCCGAACAUCGUCACCACCCGCAUCAUCACCGGCAUCACCCACACCAUCGCUCCCACCACCGGGGCAUGAACAUGGGCCAAAAGAUUUCAGGCGGUGUGAAGAGCAUGAGCCGGGAGAGCGGAGCCGGAGCCGGCGGUGGCGUCGGCGUUGGCGGUGGCAACAACACGACGUAUACACGAUCCGUGGUGCCGCGUGAGUUGGCGCAAGACUUCUCGAGACCGGCGCGUCUCGAUGUACUUCUUGACAUGCCACCUGCCUCGCGGGAGACGCAGGUCCAUCAUAGCUGGAAUGCUAACGAUCGUAGCUUAAACAUAUUUGUCAAGGAGGACGAUAAGCUGACGUUUCAUCGGCAUCCCGUCGCACAGAGUACAGAUUGCAUACGAGGGAAGGUGGGAUACACUAAAGGAAUGCACGUAUGGGAACUUUAUUGGAGUACAAGGCAACGAGGUACGCACGCUGUGGUAGGAGUCGCGACGGCAGACGCACCCCUUCAUAGUGUCGGUUACCAGAGUCUGGUCGGUAACAACGAGCUUAGUUGGGGUUGGGACCUUGGUAGAAACAAACUCUAUCACGAUUCGAAGAACAACAACGGGGUUACGUAUCCAGCACUUCUCAAGCCCGAUGAGACGUUCAUUGUUCCUGAUAAAUUCCUAGUGGUCCUCGAUAUGGAUGAAGGUACGUUAGCAUUCGUAGUGGAUGGUCAGUAUCUUGGAAUAGCCUUCAGGGGGCUCAAAGGCAGAAAAUUGCAUCCUAUUGUAUCUGCUGUCUGGGGACACUGCGAGAUCACGAUGAAAUAUAUUGGUGGACUUGACCCUGAACCUCUGCCUCUGAUGGAUCUCUGUAGGAGAGUGAUUCGACAGCGGAUCGGCAAGAACAGAUUGGAAGAGAGAAUCAACGAACUGAAUUUGCCGCAAACGAUGAAGACUUAUCUCCUCUACCGUGAUAGAAGGUAACCACACCGAGUGAAUCUUCUCAAGAUGCCACCACGAUUAUGACUGCUAAUAUCACCGUGCUGCAACGUUGCCACUACGACGUUCAGGCGACCGUCCGCUAUCUGCUUGCAUGCCACUAAUGACCGCAAUACCUUAUCCGCGCGUCUCCGUUUAUGAAGCGCACGAUGAUCAAUAUAGACUGACACGCGUCAUGCGACGACGCGCUGAGACACGCCUAGGAGUACCUUGAGAGAGCACGCUGAGAGAGAAAUCGAUGCCGAAAUCUAUCAUGUGCAUUAAUGACGCCUCCUUAACAGGACAGAUCGCGAAGAUCGGGAUUAGCAUCGUCAUUAUUGAUAUAUAUAUCAAUAUAUCCAUGAACAUACAGCUACAUGGCGAUGUGACAAAAGGAAAAAACAGACAAAAAGGAGUUUUAAUGACAUUUAGAAGAAAAAUUCUUUAUUUAGGGUAAUAGCUCUUGAUUUAGCAUAAUUCUUGAUGAUUUAGGUGAUAUUGUUGUUUUACCAUUUGUUGUCUGUACAAUUCUAUCUCGUAAAAUCACGAAAUAUUUAUUAUUAGAAUUGUGCUGAUCGAUGCGACAGGUGUGAUUAAACGAUUGUCGCAACCAGUAAGCGCGCGCACAUUACGCGGUCUUUUUCUUCGAUAUUUCUUGCAAAUGAGCAGUUGCGCAUGUAGCGAAUGGCGCAGAAUUGCGCAAAGCGACGGCAAUACAGUUAAAUGAUUAGUGCGAAUUCGGAGACGCAUGGUUAAAGAGGGAAAGUAAAGAGGAUCAGGCAAGGACACGAGAAUACGAGAAGAACCUACGGCGCUUCACAGUUGGCCAGUAAAAAAAAAGUUAGACUUAGUCAAGCCGGGAGGCUGAUACGGGCGUGUCGCUUGCUUACAACAGUUGAUCGAUAGUGGACAGCGGGCUUGCUCUAGUCCGGCCACAGCAAAAAAAGAAAAAAAACGAAAAAAGAAAACAGUAGAGCAAGAGGAAGGAAAAUCGAGGAAAGCAGAUAGGAUAUGCCUCUCACUGAUUCGUUGGAAGGUUUUCUACGACGAAGAACGAUUACCCAGCGAGAAAUGUGACUUCGAUCGCACAAUUGUGGAACGAUUAAUUGAAUUUGGAAGAAGUGUGUAUAGUGUUGGAUACCGGGCAGCCAACUUCCAAUAGACUCAUUUUUCAAGUAUUUUCUAAGCAUGCUAGGUCUAAUAAAGUAUAGUGGUGUGUGCGUGUAUAUCUCGUGGAUGGAAUAUAUUAGAGGGGGAAAACGGGAAUGGCGUGAAGAAGAGAGAAAAAGAAAAAAA